AUGGCGACCGUGGCGCUAGUUAGCCGUCCUGCGAGUGCCCUUCCAAAGAUAUCAAGUGAGUAUUAUAUGAAAACAGCGGACAUUAGAUAUUUUCAAAACAAUAUUUAGUUAACUUUAGAUAUUGUAAAUCUUUAAACUCGUCUAGUUCUUACUCACACACACAGUCAGACUGAAGACUCUGCUGCAGUGACCUUGCUAACAGGCUUUAGUUAGCUGGUUUCUGCUAACAGCUCAGAGGUAUUAUACUUCUAUAUCAGUAAAUGACGGUAUCAAACUGUAAACAGGUGUGUUUUAAUUAAUUACAGUAAAAGGGAGUUUAAAACCUUCUUAAAACAUAGGAUGAUAGACUGCUGAGCCACGUCUAGAUCCCAAACCAGCAGGUCCUGAUCCAAACCUACGUAGUGUUGUCAGAUCUGAACUGAAAUGACUUGAAAACACAGCUACAGACUCGGGACACCUUUACUUUAUUCCAGGAAAACACACUCAUCCUUCUCUCUCAAAACCACGUUGGAUCAGCUCCUGAACUAAAGCUCAAGUACCUGCGUUUUAGAGAUCUGCUAUAUAUUGUCAGAGACUCUUCAAAGUAGAAAUUCUGAUUGGUGAAACUUUCCUUCAUUUGGCCAAAGACAGCUCUCUUUCUCAGUGCAGACUGCUUUGGUCCAGCUACUGAUCCAGAACAGCAAGUCCAGAUCUGACCUGAGUGAACUGAUUUCAUAGUUUGAAGCUAAAAACACACCUGAUUCAAAUGAUCAGCUCGUUAUCAAGCUCUGUAAUGGCUUAAUAACGAGCUGAUCAUUUGAAUCAGGUGUGUUGGAGCAGGGAAACAUCCAAAACAUGCACGACAGGGGGCCUCGAGGACUGGACUUGAGAACCACUGCUUUAAAGGGAUAGCAAUACACACCAGUCUGAGGAGGAGGCAAAGUUAAAAAGAUGUUUGGUGGCUGGGACCCUAUAUGUACUGUUGAUGAAAUUAGGUGCUGUUCUGAGCAUUAUUUGUGGCUAUAGAGUGGCGUUUUGGUUGAGGUUUGUUUAUGGCUCCUCAGACCGCUGUGUAUUGCUAUCGUGCGGUCAUUACUAAAGUUGUUAUAACUAGAGAAGCAAGAGGUCAACAAAAUUCAUCUCUUGGGGGGGGGGGGGGGGGGUAUUUUACACCGGAAUAUCCCUUUAAACAGCUUCACAAAUAUGUUACAUUCAUUGUUUUACACAUUCAUACUGAGUUAAUGGAAACUACUGUGCAAAACACUUGGAUUCUGCCUCAAAACUAGAAACUGGAAAGUCUGCAGCUUGUGCAUCGUAUGCAAAGUGAUGUUAGAGCACAAUGUUAUCAAAGCAAGAGUAAUUUUUAGAGUGACAAAUAAACUACCACAACUGUGCAAUGCAAGAGUGCCAUAGAAUGAGUAAACUUGCAAAGGCUCGUCCAUUUUCUCUGGUUUUUAUGAGUAUUCUGUAAUCCAACUUACAUUAACAAUAUUAGCGCUCAUAACAUUCUACAGUAUAAUGUUUUACAGCAACAAUCACCUCUAAAAAAAGUCCCAUCAAUAAUUAUUUUUGUGUUAUUUUUGUACUAACCAGGAAGGGGUUUGUACGUUUCAGUGAGGUGUACCUAAACAGCAAAUAAGCAAGUCUUUCUUUUUCAUACUGAUCAAACUGUCUGUGUUGCUCUUCUGUCAACAGGUAGCUGCUGCCCUGCUGUUCUGUCAGCAGCGUCCGUCUCCUCAGUCCAGCAGAGGAAGCUGCACCAUGCCGUCAUCCCUAAAGGGAAGGGAGGACGCUCCUCCUCCAGUGGAAUAGCAGCAACAGUGUUUGGUGCUACCGGUUUUCUGGGCCGAUAUGUUGUCAACAGACUGGGUCAGUGAAAGAAGAAUAAAUGCAAACUAGGGCCCGACCGAUAUGGAUUUUUUUGGCGCCGAUGCCGAUUAUUAGGGGAAGGGGAUCCGAUUACCGAUUAAUCAGCCGAUUUUUUUAAUUUUCUAUAAGUUAUAAAAAAUACAUAUAUAUUCUGUAAAUAUAUAUAUAUAUAUAUAUAUAUAUAUAUAUAUAUAUAUACUGUAGAUAUCUACAGUAGAUAUACACAGUACACUAUAUACUGUAGAUAUACUGUAGGCUACUGCUCUUCUUGAUUUAGGCUACUGCUCUUCACGCCAGCAGGAAGACCGACUGAUCAUCUCAGUAAUAUUCCACGUAUUUAUCAUGAAUCAAACUCGGACCAGAAAAGCAUUUUCAACAACCCCCCGCCGAUUAGUGCCUCCGCGUCUUAACUCACGUUACACAAUUCCGGUCUGGUCUCAUCUGGAGACAUGCAGCUGCCUCAGUAAGAGAAGUAGCUCGAUCACAUAAUGUGUACUGUUGUUUAUUCUAUCAUUACUGGCACGGCUAACAGUGUAGCAAGGCUAAUAGCAGAUGGCUAACUCUAACUUUAGCUUGCAUAUUACAUGGUGUUUCACCAUUAACUUGGCGUGACCGAGACCAGCACAGCGGGGAACAAGGUAAAGUGGGUUGAACUGAAACUUGUUGACUUUUUGUCUACUUCACAAACUAGUUCAUUUACCGUUGAGGCGGACCACUCGCCUCCAUGCGCCCCUGAGCUGCCUGCUUCAGAUCUGUCACCCUGCUGUGAGGUAGUUAGUAGAUGAAGAUUGUCAUGAGGUCGCUGCGCCAUUUACAGGAUAAGUCGGGGAAAUUUUCAAAUGGUGGAACAUUUUCGAAGUGAAAGCGAAUCUUAUUCUCCGCAUUUUAUUUCUGAAAAUAUCCGCGAAAAUCUGCGAGUUUUGGGCGAUUACCGCUUAGUCUCAAAUGAGCUAAAAUUCGCCGAUUUAAUCGGCUCACUGAUAAAUCGGUCGGGCCCUCAUGCAAAUGAAUAUUUGUUCCAUAUUGAUCAGAUAUCUUUUGUAGUACUAAAUGAGCUGGAGAAUAUUACACUUACAACCUGUCUCAAAUAUACAAAAUAUGAUUAUCUGUUUAAAUUACUGUUGUCUGAGGUGAUGUUAACUGCAUGAAGGAGGUUUUGUUAAACGUUUUCCAGGAUCCAGUCGAACCUUAAGGCCACAAAACUCUUACCAAUCCUCAAAUUUGAACAUUUAACUACUUGGGCUGUCAUACAAAGCUAUCACAACCCAGUGUGUUUUUUGUUUCAUGCAGAGAUGAUGGGCUUUUCCUUCUUUUUUAAGUCACAUGUUGAGCCCUUGUGCCUUUAUUUGGAGAAGAUAGGGCAUUGGCCAGAGCCAAAAAGCAGGAUAUUGAAUGGGGAGUGACAUGCAGGAAAGGGGCUGCUUGGUCACCUGCUUGAAGACUAUAAUCUCUGUACAUGGAGAGUGCAACUUAACCACAAGGCCAAACCGAUUCCCAACCAAGAUGGACAUUUUUAAGUAUUUAAAAAAAUACAGUUGUAUAGAUGCAAGACACAGACAGCAUGUGAGUGAAGGUUGAGGUUUUGAAACCAAUUUGCAGACCUAAAUGACCCGGUUAAAGUUCUUCAUGAAUAAAGAACAUCUGUGAAUUGAUAACAGCUGGAAAAGAUGUGAUGAUAAGUGUUUAUUUUCUGAUGCUUUGCAGGUCGUAUUGGCUCUCAGGUUAUUAUCCCCCACCGUAAUGACCAGUAUGACGUCAUGUACUUGAGGCCCAUGGGUGAUCUGGGCCAAAUCAUGUUCAUGGUAAGACACUUGUAGCCAUACAGGCAGGCUAACAGCACUCAUUGAUUGAAGAACCUAUAAUGAAGUGUUUUCACAUUUAAAGCCUUGGCUGAAAUGCAGAAUCUGUUCCUGUCUGUUCCUUCUUGCUGCAGGAGUGGGAUGCCAGGAACAAGGACUCUAUCAAACGGGCACUGGAGCACUCCAACGUUGUCAUCAAUCUGGUGGGCAGAGAGUGGGAGACAAGGUACAUGUGAAUGCUGGAAAAAUGUCACCAAGUAUCUGAUAAAUAUAAUUUCAGAUUACAUAAAAAAUGAUCUUCAGUUGACUUUAAGAUAUGUGUUGUCUUUUGUUUGUGUAAAGGAACUAUCACUUUGAGGACAUCUUUGUAAAAAUCCCUGAGCAGAUCGCUAAGGCAGCCAGAGAGGCCGGUAUCACAAAGUUCAUUCACAUGUCUCACCUCAACGCUGACAUCCGCAGCCCUUCCAAAUACCUAAGGAACAAGGUGAGGAGUUCAGAUCCAACCAGCACUGCAGUUCUGUCUUUACAGUCAAGCAAAAAGAUCUCUGUUUCUCUUCAGCAGUUUGUACUGGGAUUGCUUUUUUAAGUUCCGUAAUCUUCAGUUGCUGCUCUGACGCAGUUCAUUGUGCAAACUGGUGCACAUCAAACUUCAGAGAUGCAUGCCCAAAGGAUGACAGUUUCAAACUCACAGAAAGUGACCAUUGAUGAAAUAUUCACGACAUCAUUACUUUGCAGAUUGGCCCCCAAUUUGACAGUUUGUCCUCAUACGUCUUCUGUCUGCUAGUGAAGUUAGACUGUUCGAAGUAUGACAGUAAACCUUAUUGCCUUCAAUUUAUCAUUUUUGAGACCAAGAGUGAAGCGGCUGGGAUGCGAAUCAGCUCCUCCAAGUUAGAGGCCAUGGUCCCCCGGUCGGAAAAAGGUAGAUUGCCUUCUCCAGGUCGGAGGGGAGGUCCUGUCUCAAGUGGAGGAGUUCAAGUAUCUCGGGAUCUUGUUCAUGAGUGAGGGUAGGAUAGAGCGGGAGAUCGACAGGCGGAUCAGCGCGGCGUCAGCAGUGAUGCGGACGCUUAACCGAUUAGUCGUGGUGAAGAAAAGAGCCGAGCCGUAAGGCAAGACUAGAUUUACCGGUCGAUCUACGUGCCGACCCUCACCUAUGGUCAUGAACUUUGGGUAGUGACCAAAAGAACGAGAUCACAGAUACAAGCGGCCGAAAUGGGUUUCACUCAGGAGGCGCUCAGAGUAGAACCGCUGCUCCUCCACAUCGAGAGGAGUCGGCUGAGGUGGUUCAGGCAUCUGGUUAGGAUGCCUUCUAGACGCCUCCCGUUAGAGGUGUUCCGGACAUGUCCCACCGGGAGGAGACCUCAUGGCCGGCCCAGGACCAGGUGGAGGGAUUAUAUCUUUCGCCUGGGAAUCACUUGUCGUUCCUUCCCACAACAUUAUAUUGUGGGAAGGAACGGCAGAUGAUUCACGCAACUGGAUGGCCCAGUCAGGCUAGGUAUCCAAGGCGUUCCAAGCUGACAGUACAUGGAUUCAGUGCUCCCGAUGAAGAGUUAUAUAAACGAUCAGCAGAGCAGCUGCAACUAAUCCAAAACCCCGCAGCCAGGGUCCUGACAGAAACGCAUCCACUUCGACAUGUCACUCCAGUCGUCAAAACACUUCACUGACUGCAUGUUCAGCACAGAAACACUGUUGAAAUCAUUAAAAGUAGGGAGUCAGCUCCUCUGCACCCUUAUCCAGCUGCUCAGGGCAUCAGAUGGAGGUCAUUUUAUCACCCCUAGAAUCCGGUGCGAGUACAGUAAAGGAUCUUGAGCUGCUGAGGUCAGUCUCUCUGAGACAAACUGUCAGAAGAAGAAGGCAAUCACAACUACGAGGCGAUGUUUUCCUGCUUUAUUUGGAUUUCUUUGUGCAUUUUCUGUCUGCUAUGCGGUGUGUCUUAUGUGAGUUGGCUGAAAAUGUUGAUUUCUAUGUUGUGUCAGCAAUUGUGAUACUUUUGUUUUUACCCUCAACGUGAAGCAGAUUGAGCUUAUUGAACACAAUCUAAAUACAAUUGCUAUUGCUGUUGACUUCAGGCUGUAGGAGAGACAGCAGUGAGAGAGGAGUUUCCUGAUGCCAUCAUCAUGAAGCCCUCUGAGGUCUUUGGGAGGGAGGAUCGAUUCUUCAACUACUACGCAAGUAAGUGUUCGUAUGUUGAAGAGACUCGUAGACAGUGAUUUAUCAGAAUGUCGACAUGGCUGUUGACAAUGAGACUCAAAAAGUCACACUGUUGACGGUUGUGCUUUCCUGUUGAGAUUCCCCUGUGCUUUAAGCGUUUGGUCUACUGUUGUCUCUGUGUUAGCUUGUCUGAUGAUAAAUUUGACUUUAUCCUCCCUCAGACAUGCGCUGGUUUGGUAAUGCUAUUCCACUCAUGGCAAUGGGGAAGAAGACUGUGAAGCAGCCGGUUUAUGUAAGUUUCCUGGGAGGGAGUGGCUGUAUUUGUAUUUAUGUUUCAUGUUUAAAAAAGGCAAACUUCUUACCAUUUUAUCAGUGUUCAGCUGACAGAACAACUAAUAUGUUGUUCACUGAUUAUUUUACUAUGAAGUCAUCCAUCCUUACAGAACCAUAACAAAUAGUUUAGCAUGUUUAUGGAGCCUAAGGUGGGUGCUAAACUGACUUCAAGAUGCAGUUUGUGGUGUUGGAUUGGGUGCCAUUUUUUAGACUUGGUUGUAUGAUAUUGGCACAGAAACUGAUAUUGUGACAAGUUUUCCUUUUGGAGUGUUUUUUAGUCAUAUUUAAAAUACAGGACACUAAUCCACAAAAAUAUUGUUCAUUUGUUUAAUUUGACAAAUCAACAAUAGUUUAUUUUAUAUCUGAUGUUUUUAAGCCUAUUUUUCUCUAACAAAACUCAACUUGUCUCAUAUUUUUUACUACUCUUGGUCCUGCUCUGUUCCAUUUGUCAUAAGGCAGAACAUGAGAAAAUUUUCAUCAGCAGCCAACAAAAUUAAAACAGAAAUAUGAAAAAAAUCUAGCAUAAAUUACAAAAAAUUACAGGUAAUACAGAGAGACCAGAUUUGCAGCAACCUCUCGGUUCAAGCGCAUCAUUUGAAUCACAUGUUAUGUGUUGAUGAGUUAAAUAAGACUUUUUAGUAUUACAGAACAGCUGUUAAACUGAACUUUACAGAAGCCAGCCUGUCUACGAAUGUCUAUUGCUGAACCAAAAUUUAAAAAUAGUUCUCUUUAAAUGUACAAGUCAUAUUCACUCAUGAAGAUCAAGUCAUUAUUGAUUAUACAUUGCAGAUGUAAUAUCCCCUGAACUCUAUAUUAAGGAAAUGUUUCUGGUUCCCUUUCAGUCGAUUCACUCGGUACAACACAUAUAGUAUGGGAUAUCACGCCCCUGCGUGACCUGACUGAAGACACCUUUAUUCACGCCUUUAAGGCAGAUGAUCUGUGGUGACGUCUGGGAGGCUCCGCCUGCACAUAUAUACGUGUAACACCACAGUCAUCCUUCAGUUCUUACGCUCUUCACCUCGCUGAGAACACCUACACCGAGUCGGGCUAACUAGCUGCUGCUAAAUUAGCCUGGUCUUGUCUCUGGCUACUGCUUGAUCGACUUUAGCUCAACUGCCCCUGUUGGUGUUAGCCUACGGCUACCCGCGGAGCGCUAAUUUCGUUCAGCUUUUGAGUCUCGUUAUGAGCUCUAAGCCCAUGAAGGUGAAGGCGAAGUCUUCUGUUCGCCCCUGUCCUCAGGGGUGCGGCUUCUCCCUUCACGAGAAGGAUCUUCACGAGGCUUGUCCCGUUUGCCUGGGGAUUGUCCACGCCAGGAGGGCGUUGACUGAGCCCGAGUCGUGUGAGUCCUGUCACCGGCUUCGGAGCUCAACCCUGGGAAGGCGGGUCAAGUUUGUGGAGAAAAUUCUUGGAAAAACCGCUGUUGCGCUGCACGACCCCCUCCUUUCCGAGUCCAGAGACCCGGCUUCGUCCGAGUCCGGUGGUGAGGACUUUCUGGUCGAAGGCUCAGUUGGAAGCUGGGCAGACCAUGUGGAGUGUGCUGACGGGUCAGCUGGGUUUGAGCCGGGCCCCUCCGAGGGCGCUGGCCAGCCGCUAUCCGGGCUAGCUUGUUACCAGGAGGACGAUGACGUGCUGGACAUCGGCCUGGACGUGCAGGGUUUUUCGGAAGAUGAGCUGGAGCCGUUGUCUUCAGGUCAGUAUGCCGCCGCUGCUGCGCCGGUUGAUCUGGACGACACAUCCUUCCUCUCACUGUACCGCCGUGCAGCUGAGAAACUGGAGGUAGAAUGGCCCUCUCCUCCACCAGCUCAAAAACCGUCGCGGUUCACAGGGUUUUUUCUCCCACCCGAACCGACGACUGUUAAGAACAGGUUGCCUAUGUUCCCGGAUUUUGUCGCGGAACUAACCUCGACAUGGAACAAGCCGCUGUCCACCCGCGCCACAGUGCCCGGUUGUGGACAGUUUCUGGAUCUAGAUGGAGCUGAAAAAGCUGGAUUGGUGAACCCUCCGCCUAUGGAGGCGUCCCUGGCAGCUUAUCUGGCCCCGGCCCAGAAUCACGGUGUCGGUGGCCCCAUCACGCUCCCAUCCAAGCACUGUAGAUUUUCAGCGUCACAGCUGGAUAAAAUUUACAGGACACAGGCAAAUACGGCUCGUGCACUGAGCUCCGUCACUAUGCUUCAGACAUAUCAAGCUAUGUGUCUGGCAGAACUCGGCUCGCGUAUGCCUCCUGACAGUCCGCUUACUCCUCUCCUCAAUGAAGCUAGGGUCGCCACAGAUUACAUCCUCCGUGUGUCCCGCUGUGCAGCGCUGUCUCUCGGUAGAGGCAUGGCUUCCACGGUGGUGGCGCAGAGGCACCUGUGGCUGACUCUCUCCGACGUUCCGGAGAGGGACAGAGCGGUUUAUCUGGACGAGCCUGUGUCGGCCAGCGGUUUGUUUGGGCAGUCCCUCGACGACAUUCAAGCUAAGUUUGAGCUGAGGAAAAAACAAACCGAAGCUUUGAGAAGCAUCAUCCCCAGGCGUGAUGCGAGGCCCAAACAACAGGGUUAUCCGCACAAACCGGCACCAGCGCCUCCCCCUAAGAGGACUGCAGCGCCCGCCAGCUUGGGGCCCCAGCCGGUGAAGCGACAUGUACCCGGUCAGAACCCACGCCCUUCGGCUUGGAACAAGGGUCCGCCACCGAGCUUCCGGAGGGACUCGGCGCCCAGGAAGAAGAAGCAGCAGUCAUCCUAGCUUCGGGAUCGACUCGAGAGGGCCAGCAGCACGGAGACACUGCCGCCCUUCAUUUUCUGCCGCCAAAGAGGCCGCGUUUAAAGUUCGUUCAGGGGUCCGGUCCCGAGAGGCGCUGCACUCCCUUAACACAGUCUCCCAAGCACAACCCCCCUCACAUACACAUGCCCCAAUAAUGGCGCCUGUUGUUCACUGUGUGAAUGUCACAAAUGUACGUUCUUUGAAUCAAAUAAAGGUUUCGUUUUGUUCUCAAAACAUCAUGAAUCAAUCAAGUCUGGGCGAGAAAGUGUUGCCGUUCCCAGCCGGCACGCUAGGGGGCGACAACCCCUCCCCCACAGUACUGGAGGUCAGUCGACUGACUGUUCGUCUCUCUCGGUGGCGCGCAUGCGCAGUCUCACCGUGGGUAGAGAGAACUGUUGCCAUCGGCUACCGCUUACAGUUCAGGGUCCGGCCGCCUCGCUUUCACUCUGUAAUACACACAGUUGUAGCAGAGGAAGCAGCAGCAGUGCUGAGGGAAGAAAUAAACAACUUGUUGAACAAGAGAGCGAUACGAGUUGUUCCCGCUUCGGAAACGAACAAAGGUUGGUACAGCCGCUAUUUCGUUGUUCCGAAAAAAGGAGGAGGGCUCCGUCCUAUCCUAGACUUGCGAGUGUUAAACAAAUACCUACGAACCUACAGGUUCAAGAUGCUAACACUCAGACAGCUACUGGGCGCGAUCAGACCGGGAGAUUGGUUUACAACUAUCGAUCUGACAGAUGCUUACUUUCACGUAGCAAUUCAUCCGGACCACAGGCAGUUUCUAAGGUUUGCAUUCGAGGGCAUAGCCUACGAAUACCUGGUGCUGCCGUUCGGCUUAUCACUCGCCCCCGAACAUUCACCAAAUGUGUCGAGGCGGCAUUAGCUCCGCUACGGGAGAAAGGUGUUCGCAUCUUAGCCUAUCUGGACGAUUGGGUGCUAAUCGCGAGCUCCAGAGAGCGAGCAGCGGCUCAGCUGUCAUUGACCCUAUCGCACAUCCAAACACUGGGCUUUUCAGUAAAUUUACAGAAAAGUUCACUGACUCCGAGUCAACAGGUAUCAUUUCUCGGGCUGGAAAUAUGCUCCGUUUCAAGCCGAGCACGUCUGUCAGAACGCAGGGUGGCUGCGUUUCACCGCUGCCUUGCACAAUUUCAGUUGGGACGCAAACUGUGUUUCCGGACGAUUUUACAGCUGACAGGCAUGAUGGCAUCUAUGAUCGCUGUAGUGCCGCUCGGACUGUUAAAAAUGAGAGCGUUUCAACGCUGGACUCAGUCUCACCGGCUGUGCGCGCAGCGUCACCUCCAGAGGAGGCUGACGAUAACUCAGUCUUGCAUGUCGGCUCUUCUCCCGUGGAGAGAACCCGGUUUUCUACAACAGGGAUCUCCGAUAGGGAGGGUGUCUUUUCGCAAGGUGGUGUCCACAGACGCAUCCCUGAGGGGUUGGGGGGCUCUGUGCGAGGGCGCAGCAGUGAGAGGUGUGUGGACGCCAGCACAAUGCAAACUCCACAUCAAUUACCUGGAGCUACUAGCUACCCUUUUAGCUCUGAAGCACUUUCGUCCCGUUCUGACAGGCCAUCAUGUUCUGAUCAGGACGGACAACACAACCGUGGUUUCUUACAUAAACAAGCAGGGAGGGACACGCUCUCUUCCCCUGUUAAAACUGUCUCACUAUCUGUUGCUAUGGUGCAGUGUUCAUUUUCUGUCCCUCAGAGCCACACAUAUUCCGGGUCACUUAAACCUUGGACCAGACCUUCUCUCCAGGGGGGUCCUCUUGUGAGAGAGUGGAGAUUGCACCCACUAGUGGUGGCUCAGAUAUGGGACCGCUUCGGCAAGGCAGAAGUAGAUCUUUUUGCCUCCAGAGCAAAUACUCAUUGCCCCCUGUUCUUUUCCAUAACAGACUGCAAUGCUCCCCUGGGGAUGGAUGCGCUAGCUCACCCAUGGCCCAACACGCUGCUAUAUGCUUUUCCCCCAGUGGAAAUGAUUCUGCCCAUUCUGGAGAGGGUGCGCCAGCAGGGGCUCUCCCUGAUCCUGGUGGCUCCUCGCUGGCCGGCGAAGUCGUGGUACGCAGAGAUAAUCAGUCUGCUGGUAGCGAGGCCCUGGCAGCUCCCUUUUUGCAGGGACCUCCUCUCCCAGGCGGGAGGAGAGGUGAUUCACCCGCGCCCAGAACUGUGGAAACUACAUGCUUACCUGUUGAAAGGUCCAACUUAAUGGCUCAGGGUCUGCCCCCAAAUGUGGUGGCAACAAUCCAGAGUGCAAGGGCAUCAUCUACUAGGGGCCUAUAUGCCUAUAAAUGGCGGGCGUUUGAGCAGUGGUGUCAGGACCGAAAUGUACUCCCAUUUCAGAGUUCUAUUGUGGAUGUUUUAACAUUCCUUCAGGACCUGCUGGAUAAGGGUCUCUCUUUCUCAACAAUUAAGGUCUAUUUGGCGGCUAUAUCUGCAUGCCAUGUUGGCUUUGAUGGUGUGACGCCAGGCGCUCACCCUCUUGCUAUGCGCUUCCUAAAGGGAGUCCGCAGGCUAAGACCUGUUCUUAAACCCAGUGUUCCCUCAUGGGAUUUAGGGUUGGUGCUUGAGGCUCUUGGUGGACCCCCAUUUGAGCCUAUUGAGUCAGCAGACAUGAAAUUUCUUUCAUACAAGACUGCACUGCUACUUGCUUUGACGUCUGCAAAGCGAGUGGGCGACCUUCAUGCUUUGUCUGUGCAUCCCUCUUGUACCCAGUUCACUCCGGAUGGAUCUAAGGCUACAUUGCGUCCAAACGCGGCGUAUUUACCUAAGAUUAUCCCCACAGCCUAUAGCUCUAUGAGUUUUGAACUGCUGAGCUUCUGCCCCCCUCCAUUUGCAUCUGAGGAGCAGAGGAGGUUGCAUUCCUUGUGCCCUGUGCGUGCACUACGCACUUACAUAGACCGCACUCAGAGUGUGCGUUUAUGUGACCAGUUGUUUGUCUGUUUUGCUAAUCCAGCCAAGGGCAAGGCGCUGUCUAAGCAGCGGCUUUCCCACUGGAUUGUGGAGGCUAUCUCCUUAGCAUACGGCAGCAGGGGUCUCCCGUUGCCCCAAGGUGUGAGGGCACAUUCAACCAGGGGAAUGGCGGCCUCUUGGGCCUUGUUUAAAGGGGUUUCUGUGAGUGAUAUCUGCACUGCAGCCAGUUGGUCAUCACCGCACACUUUUGUUCGGUUUUACCGUUUGGAUGUGACAGCACCUUCGGUGGCUCACGCUGUCCUUUCUGCUGGGUCUACAAUGCACUAAAAGUUUUGGAGGUUUUGACUUCGGUUCGGUGGCUGUUCUGCGGGGCGUGUAUAUAUGUCCCAUACUAUAUGUGUUGUACCGAGUGAAUCGACUGAAAGGGAACGAAAUGUUAUGAAUAUAACUUCUGUUCCCUGAAGGAGAGGAACGAGGUACAACACUGGGUUGCCCCGCUGCGCGGCAGAGCUCGGUGAAGAGCGGCUAUCGAACUGAAGGAUGACUGUGGUGUUACACGUAUAUAUGUGCAGGCGGAGCCUCCCAGACGUCACCACAGAUCAUCUGCCUUAAAGGCGUGAAUAAAGGUGUCUUCAGUCAGGUCACGCAGGGGCGUGAUAUCCCAUACUAUAUGUGUUGUACCUCGUUCCUCUCCUUCAGGGAACAGAAGUUAUAUUUAUAACAUUUCGUUUCUGCGUAUCAAGAACUACAGGAAACAAUAUCUGCGGUAGUAAUAAAUAAAUCGAGUAUUACGACCUUUAGUCGACCUUAGUCGACUGUUAGUUACUACAAAAACACAGACUACGUAAGAGAUGCUGUAUAAUUAGCCUAGGUUUGGGGUCUUGUCUCUCCUGUGUAAACUACAAUAAAAUACCUAAGUUUGACUUAAUCGGGUGACUAAAAGUACUGAUUAACAAGUCCUCUAAAACUUCGGUAAAAGUAAUAGUGAUAUUAAAUUUUAAUAUGUAAUGAAUGACUCAAUUUGUUGUGUUGAACUUUGAAUGACACAAUUUGUUACGUUGAGCCUGUAGACAGCUGAGUCAACUGUUAAUACAAAAGCAGGUUUCUUUAUGCUGAUGGUAGCACUUUUUUUUUCUUCCAUCAUCACCUCAGGAUUUCUAAUCAACUUUACCAUUGCACUAACUUUAUGCAAGAAUUAUCUGCAAACAGCUGCUAACAAGUCAAGAAAUUUAAACUGAUGGAGAAGCAGCAAGUAACCGCUUUCCGCCUUAUUUACCAAUGGUUAUGUAGAACAACACCAGGACAGCUUUUAAGUUAAAGUGAGACACAAGAGAAGAGUGGGUGCUGUAUGAAUAUGAGGAAUAAACUGAGGUACACAAAUUGCAUUAUUUUCCACACUGACAUUCCUCAGUAAGAGACAGGAUGAAUAAAACUAGCUGUGAUGAUAUAUAGUUUAUAAAAUAGCCUCUACAAGACAUUCAAGGAUUACUGGGAAAAAUAAUCCUUAUUCUCUGGUAUAUGGUAUCAUGAGCAGUGUGAUGACCUUACAGGACAUAAUGCAGGCCACAGCUUGAAUAUCUUUGAACCCACCCCGCAUAAGCAACGGCACGACCACAACGUUGAUCAUCGCACUGCGGCCCAGGGUGUCCUGGAACACAUAUGGACACCCAUGUCUGAACAUGGUGUUCAUUGUGGACAGUCUGUGAUGAGCACAGAAAUCCAACAAUAAAGCACCACUCAGGUUCAGAUCAGGGGGGCCAUUCCUUCCAAUCAUGCCCAUCCAGCUCUCACUGUCAUUGCCAACAUGGGUGUUGAAGUCCCCCUGAAGGAUCCCUCACCAGCACCCCUUCCAAGGAUUCCAAGAAGGGUGGAUACUCUGAGCUGCUGUUUGGAGCAUAAGCACAAACAACAGUCAGGAUCCAUCCCCCCACCCGAAGGCAAAUGGAGGCUACCCUCUCUACCAUUGGGGUGAACCCCAACAUACAGGCACCAAGCCAGGGAGCAUUAAGUAUCACCAUCCCUGCCUGGUGCCUCUAACCAGUGGCGCUAACUGUGAUGAUGUGGUGCCCCACAUCCAUGCGAGGAACACUUGGUGCUAAAUAUUUUGUCGAUCAUGAGGGGUCUAUUUGAGCUACGCUUAGUCUGGUCCCUACCCCAGGGCCUGUUUGCCCUGGGCAAUCCUACCAGAGGCAUAAAGCCCCCAACAAUAUUGCUCCUAGGAUCAAUGGGACACGCAAACCCCUCCACCACGGUAAGGUGGUAGCUCGAGGAGGGGAAGUAAAAACCCUCCCAUGGGAGGGAAAACCACAAGGGUUUUUUUUUUUUUUUUUUUUUUUUUUUUCAUUUUUUUUUUCUUUUUCAUUUUUUUUCUUUCUUUUUUUUUACUUCAAGUUCUUUUUAACUUGAAUGAAAUUGUUUUUUUUUCCACUUCUCCAGCUUUCUUGACCUCAGGAAGUAUCUGGUUUGCUUCCAGACAGAGGGUGGUGGUUUGGUGGUAUUUGAUGUUAUUUCUGCAGGUCCUGUAGUUUCCACCAGUUCAUCAGAGUCCAUCAUACUGGCUUUCUGGAUUUGGAGCUGUUGUUUUAGCUCCUCCAGCUCAGUCCUGUAUCUCUUCUCAGUUUCAGAAGCUGUCUGCUGCAGAAAAGCAGUCUCCUCUGUCAUUUUCAGAUGCACAGCGUCCAAUUCGGCUCUCAGACUCUGGAUGGUCUGUUGAAGGUGAGCCUGAUUUUGUUGCUCACGCUGAAGAGUCUCGACCUGCUGUCUCGCAGAAGUGAGGUGACUUUUAUACUGGGAGCUCAGCUCGCGGUAUGAGAUGGUUAUCUCACCCAGUUCUUCAGAAAGGGCCAUGUAGUCUUUAGUCAUACCCUCAACUUGUGCAGUGAUCUUCUUAAUUUCCUCACUGUGUGCCGCCUUUAGCUCCUCGUAAUCAUCAUGAAGAUCUUUCCUCUUCAUCCUCUUGCUCUUGUCCCUUACCUUCAGAGCAAUCCUGUGUUUGGACAGGGUCUCCUCUGAGCUGUGCUUUUUUAGCAUGUCCAGCUCUUUUUGGGUCUCCUUCCAUUUGUCAAAAGCCCUUUUCGUGUGAUUCUUUUGUAAGACCAGCUUGUCUUUGGUCUCCUCCAUCUUCAGGCAGAGCAGAAGUCUUAGGUUCUUCUCCUCUUCACAGGAUUCCCUCUCUCUCAUCAGCUCUUGAGCGAGCAGAUUCGCAUUCCUGCGGAGCUCCCCGAUCUCUCUGUCCCUCCUGUUGAAGGACCAAGUCAACCUUGGUCGGGUUGAUCGCAACAUUGUCUUUGACGAUUUCUAGUCUUAGAGUUCUGCUGCUAAUAGAUUCGCUUGUCUGUUUCUUGAAGUGCAGUCACUCGCUGAAAGGUUCAAACGAUCCUACCCUGGACAGCCGCUCUCCUUAAAUACAUUCACUACUGAUGAUGUCAUGAUGAUGUCAUGAUGAUGUCAUGAUGGAAUUGCUCCUGUGUAUGUGUAUCUCCUGAUGUUUGUUUACAUUCGAUUUGGUUACAUUUAAAUGUAAACAAAACCACACCCUAAAACAAUCAUGUAUUUUUCAAACCUGCUGUUAAAGUGUAUUUGAGUCUAAUGGACCCAUUCAGAGAACAUCUGACCAUAUAGACCAUGUUUACAGAGAAUCAUGGUCACUUAGGGUGUUUUUACACCCUUUUUUACACCCUUGGUGACCCUAAAGUUGAUAAUAGACCCUAAAGUUGGAUAAUAAGUUGGACUGGUCUAAGAAUAUAGGCUACAUCUACAGAAAGAGGCAGAGCCGCCUCUUUUGCCUGAGAAGACUCCGAUCAAUAGACAUCUGUAAUAAGAUGCUGCAGAUGUUUUAUCAGUCUGUGGUGUCUACAGUGUUCUGUUCUACGCUGCAGUCUGCUGGGGAGGAAGCAUCAAACACAAAGAUGCAAGCCGUCUUAACAAACUGGUGAAAAAGGCUGGCUCUGUGGUUGGACUCAAGCUGGACUCAGUGGGGGAUGUGGUGGAGAGAUCUACGCUGAGGAAGGUGGAGUCUAUUCUCAAGAACAUGGGUCACCCACUUCACAAAACCUUGAUGGACCAAAGGUCCAAUGGUGGUGGACGGCUCCUCUCUCUUCGCUGCAGGACAGAAAGAUUUAGAAGAUCUUUUGUACCAACAGCCAUCAGGCUUUAUAACUCUUGUGUAAAUAGUAGCUAACUUUUAUAGACAUAUUACGUGAGACAACUUUGGGGAUCAAUAAAGUCCUUCUUAUUCUUCUUAUUCUCAAAGGUCCUUACACACCAGGAGCGUUUCUUUUGUGCUAUUAUUUCGGACAUCAGUGUUUGUUUUCGAACCCAUAUGAGCUCAGGAUGAUUUGAUCUGAUGAUCUGGAUUUUCAUAGAUUUCUAACUCUUGACUUUUUGAGUUUGACUGUCUGAUUUUUUUAAACAAUUUUUUUCAGAACUCUGACCCUUACACUAGAACUCUGAGAAAAGAUUCAGACGUAGAAAUUAAAAUUAGGAUGAAAAACUGGUGACCCAGAUCCUUUCUGUGGGCUUCAGGGUAUGUUUUUCAAUGACAAGUCAACUCUACAACUACAGGUUUACCAGGAUAGAGUGGAAGCUCUGUAUACAUAAACCCCAAAUUCAACUUGAGUUUCAAUGCUUAUUCAACAUGCUGGUUAACAUGUUGAAAGAAUAUAAUUGUUAAAUAACUAUUCAAACUGUAUCUUUAAGUGAAAACUGGGUAAACACAACAUAUCAAAUGCUAAAUCUGCAAACUAAUAUUGUUUUAAGUGUGAAAUAUAGAAACUUCAACAUGAGCAACAAGUUUAAAAGAGGUUGGUAUGCUGACAACAAAACUCUGAGAGAAAUUGUUGUAAUGCUAGUAAAAAAAACAACCACAAAAACAACAACAACCCCCAGACAGCAGUGCAUCAAAAACAGACCAGAGACCAAGAAAACCUCGUCUUUCUCCCUCUCUCCUGCCUUCUUUCUUUUAAAACGCCUCUCUUUCUCCCUUGUUCUUCUGCACCCAGAGCAGCAACCUCCAUCAGUGCGCACCAACCCAAGAUAAAGAAAACCCUUCACUGGCAUUGUCCUUCACUUGCCCUGAUCGUAUCUAUAUAAGCUUCAGUGUCUAAAUCCGAAAAUGUCUCAAAUCUUUUCAGAUCACUCAAGGUCAGAUGUGUCUGCUGGAGUUUCAGUUUUUUUAAGCUCCAGCGUACUUUCUUUGAAGUUUCUUUCUUGUUCACAUUUGUUGUCGGCAGCAAAAUAAAACUUGACAUGUUUAGGGAGAUAAAAUGCCUCCUUAUUAAACCUCAAAACAGACAAACAAUUCUGCUACACUUUACCCAAUUCAUUUUUUAACAACUCUUUUUCUUCAAUUUACCCCUCAGAAACCUCACUAACCCCGUAACCUGUCAUUUUCACCUGAUGCAUAUUUAUGACUGAGCAUCAAGAAGUUCAAAACCCACUUUUCUUUGGUUAUCUUGUUGCAGACUAGAACAUCCAACUCUUUCACGCACCUGAAGCUGUCAGACUGAGGUUGUAGAAGUCGGUUUGACAGUAAAAGAGGAGCAGAAAACACAGUGACCACUUUCUCAAGAUGCACUUCUUAUUAAUGUAACAACACAACGAAAUAAAGCCCCUCAGUCUGCAGACCCCACCACGCUUCGAUCGGGUCCUGCAUGCUGGAUUAGGAUUUAAAUGACAGUUAUGAGAUAAAGCUUUUAGCUUUCAUGGCUCGACAGAUUCAAACAAGGUUGAUGGUUGUUAACAAACAAAAAAAUGCUGACGUGUGCAACAUGAGUCAGAGUGUUAAGUACAAUGACACAGUCUUUGACAUAAUACAUUAUUUACAUGCUCCUGUUCUAAAAUUACAUGACGUUUUUUUGUACACAAGUUGCUUUGGGCUGACUGAGGUAAAACAGCUUGUCUGAGUGUUUUGGGGUAUUUUGUUCUCCAGCAUUUCAGGUAAACUUGUAUGUAUACUCUGAGUGUGUUCAAAUGGAUUGUACACAUUAAAUGAUUUUUGCAUUUUGUUAAUGAUGCUCAUAUUGCGAGUAUAUUGAUACAUUUUCAUUGUAUUUGUGCAGCCCUACUUGUGUAACAACCACAUAGCCAAAAGUCUCAUUUGUCCACUUAUGUCAGGUUUAUAGUUUUAAUUCUCAGUGGAAUUUUUUUGGGGGGAUAAGUGUUCCUCCUCUUUCAAAUGCACUUUGAUUUCUACAUCAGUCAUAUUUACCUGAAAUAAAAAAAAACACAUUGAUGACAUUAAAUCAUCAGUCUGUGUCCUCUUACAGGUGGUGGAUGUGGCUAAAGCUAUCAUAAACGCUGUCAGAGACCCUGAUGCCAAUGGAAAGACAUAUGCAUUAGUUGGGUAUGUGGUUAGCACCCUAUGAACAUGUGUCCCACAAUUCAGCAAAUUAAAGAGUAAAAAAACAAACAGAAUUACAACAUGAAAACUGUCCUCUGUUAAUAGAUUUGUCCUGUUUCUCCUUCUUGUCUAGGCCCAACCGUUACCUCCUACAUGAUCUGGUCGAGUACAUCUACGCAGUGACACACAGAGCUUUUCUGCCCUACCCGCUGCCCCGCCCUCUCUAUCAGUAAGUGUCUCAAUCAUGUUUUUUUUUUUUUUUUUUUUUUUUUCAGGGAUCUUUUCAAAUAACCCACUCAAGCUUCAAACCACCACCUCCUUCUCAUAGUUCAGAGAUUUUCUCUUGUGAAUUCAGAGCAGGUUUUUUUUCUUAAAUGAAUGCACUAUACUUGUGUAGUUUCAAGAGCUUUUAUUUUUAUGGUGUUACCCUGUGUAAUCCACUUAAAACUAAAGAUUAAAUGCUCCAAAUGAUCUGCGUUUUUUCAGCCUUGCUGCUUCCUUUUUCGCUAUGAGCCCGUUUGAGCCCUGGACAUCUCCUGACAAAAUCGAAAGGGUAAAAAAUUACCACUGACAUAACUUUGGUCUCCCAAGUUUUAAGAAUUGCGGUUUACUUUCCCAAAGUAAGCAGACUGUACUUCUGACUUGCGCUUGUAUUUUCAGUUUCACUUGACAGACAUGAAGUACCCUGGACUACCUGGUCUGGAGGAUCUUGGCAUCACUCCCAGCACCGUAGAGCAAAAGGCUAUCGAGAUUCUGCGUCGCCACCGUGGGUUCCGCUAUCUUGAAGCUGACCUGGAUGAGGCAAAACCUGCCAAAACUGUCAAUUACUAA